ACGGCAUUAUUUCGGUUUACGGGACAGAAAUGGUAGAACGGACCUGGGAUUUAACGGUAUUUCGGAUAUAUUGUGGUUUCCAGUGUACAUGCAUCUCUGUGCAAUGAGCGAGAUAUGCUCCUCAAGACCAACUGUAAGUGGUGAGGAAACUCUUGGAAUCUGAGAGUCUCCAGGGAACGUUGCGCUGGGAUCCAUUCAAACUGGCUGCAGCUGGGAUGUUUGCUGCCGGGAUGCUGCAGCAGAGCAGCGGAGGACUGAACAAGCGAUCGCUGGGAAUGGCACUGCUUCCCAACUCCCACUUUUUCCCCCUCUCUUCGGGCUCAGGGUCGUGGGGUUUGGGCCGAUCAGCAAAGAGCGGCUCUUUGAGCUCUGUCAGCUCGGGGUCGGACAGCAUGGACAUGGCAGGUGCCGAUCCCGACUGUAUCAUGCAGCUGGUCAACGAUGUGCGGAGGUUUGCAGAUGUGCUGCUCCACCUCAAGGAAGCUUUUAACACCAAAGAGCACCAGGAAUGUCUGCACCAAGUGGUUCAUGAGCGUCUAGGAGAGCUGUUGCGUUUAUUAAAAGCGGUGAUUUCCAAACAUCACUCCCUGAAUUCAGUGGAGAUCCUCAGCGCAGCCGGGACCCUCAUCGCAAAGGUCAAAGGUGUGAACUUCAAGGAAGUGAAUGAAGACAAUAAGCAGACACUAUUCUCCGAGAUCUACACCUCCAUAGAUACAUUGGCCUUCACAUUUGGCAAUGUAGUGUCUGACUUCCUUAUGGGAGAUGUAGAGAGCGGCUCAGCCUCGGGGCUUCCUCAGGCCCGCAGGAGCAGGUCUUUUGAAAAUCUGACAGUGGAGUCCAGUGGAUGUGGACCGGAAAAAGAUGACCCUCCAGGUCCCUCUCCACCCGCCCGGGUGGAGGAGAUGGACGGAGCUUUGCUCCGCAGUGACAGCGGGGUGGAGUCGGCGCUGCUCUAUGCCAAAGCCUGGUCAAAAUACACCAAGGAACUCCUGGCCUGGGUGGACAAACGACUUAAUAUGGACAUUGAGUGUGCAAAGAGCUACACUAAGAUGGCUGAAUCCGCAAAGGCGCUGGCGUCUCAACAGGAGCACAUGCCAUUCCGGGAUAUUUACUUUUCUGCCUUCAAGAACGAUAUCGAAUACAGCCAGUUGAUCAUGCAAACCACAGCCGCUCUACAGGCCAACAAAUUCAUGCAGCCUCUGCAAACUCGAAAGAAUGAGCUGGAUAAGUUGAGGAAGGAGGUAAAGGAACAAUGGCAGAGAGAGCAGAAGAAAAUGAAUGAAGCAGACAGUGCGCUGAAGAAGGCCCGGCUUCUGCAGGCACAGAGGCAGGAAGAGUACGAGAAAGCCCGCUGCUCCACCAGUCGAGUUGAGGAGGAACAGAUCGGAACGGCGGGAGGAAAACAGCUGGAGAAGAGACGCAAACUGGAGGAGGAGGCUCUGCAGAAGGCAGAGGAAGCCCAAGAACAUUAUAAGCAGUGCAUCACAGAUGUCGGGGUCAAAAGAGUGGACUUUGGCCAACCCCAAGAGUGAGAUUCUCACUCAGAUACGAGAGCUUGUGUUUCAGUGCGACCUGACCCUGAAAGCAGUGACGGUGAACUGGUUUCAGAUGCAGCAGGCGCAGGUGGUUUCCCUGCCUGUCAAUUUCCAGUCGCUAUGCGAGAGUGCUAAACUGUACGAACCAGGUCUCUGUUACACUGAAUUUGUGAAGAGUCUUCCCUCUGACAGUCCCAGGGUUGAAUCGUUCUCCUUUGACAUCUCUGGGACCCAGAACA